AUCACUGCACAGUGUCUCCUGGCCUGCUGGGGAAACACAGUCUGUCCUGGAUCACCACAAAUUGGUUGUUUCAAACUGUGCAUUUUCUGAGAAAAUUUUUGAAUCACCUUUAUUUAAAAAAAAAAAAAAAAAACAACUUGGAGAAAACAAUUAGUCACUGUUUCUCAGACUGCUCUUCACAGUCUCUCUGGUGGUCUCUCACAGGGAAAGCAAUGGCAUCGGUACCUUCUAUUGGUUGCCUUCUGGCCAAAAAUCAGUAUUAUCGAAAGGCCAGUAUUUCUUCAAUUAGCUCUCUAACUGGUUCUGACUCUGCUAAUUUCUUAGAUGAGGACAAAUCCCUGCAAGGGUUACCCGAAGUGGCAGAUUCCACCUGGUGGAUUAGAUCCUUUUUUCAUUCUGAAUCUGUGGUUUCUAAUGUAAGAAAAGAUCUGUCUACUAGUGGCACUAAUUGUUGAGUCUAACAAUCAAAAUGACUGCACCUGCUGAAGUGCUAAAAAUGUGAACUACACCUUUCAGCACUCAAGCUAUUCCAGAUGACUCUUCUCCAUUUAAGAAGACAAAACCUGCCCGAGAUCUUAUUUAUUAAACAAGAUCACAGAAGCCACCCAUAAAAGUUCAGACAUUUUCCUCAAUACUAAGAUUAUAGCUGUAAAUGGCAUCAGCUUCAUGGAGAAUAUUAGUAAUGUUUUGAGAAACAUGUGCCCUUUUAAAGUAAUGAGUCUUCAAAUGUAGUAACCUUUUCAUUAUCCAUAUUAUUUUCCAAAAAAUAUUUCAAAAUUAUUUUUUUUAAUUUUCAAAAACUUGUUAGACUUGCUUUAUGUCUGUUAUUUAUUAUGCCUUAAAACUGAAGCAGUGAUGCCUAACAUAACGGUUUAAAGGCCAUUGGAUUCAAACAUGUAAAAGAGUUGCAAAAUUUUUAUUUUUAAUAAUGAACAUUGGAAAUAGCAAACAUACCCAUUAUCUAUUAAAUAUGUUAUUGCACAUCUAACAAAUUGGUUAUUGUGUAGAUUUUAAAAUUCAUGAUUAUAAACAAUAUUUAGCAACACAGAAAAUUAUGAUGAUGCAAAGUUCAGUGAAACAAGCAGGAUAAUCUAUAUACGUUGUGGUUUUAGUUAAAAGGAAUAUAUGCAUAAGACUAUUAUUUAGUAAAACUACUAAAAGGGAAUACAACAUAAUAGUAAGGGUGGUUAUUUCUGGAGAUGGGAUUAUGGGUGAUUUUCAUUUUCUUUUUUACAUUUUUUCUGUAUCUUCUCAAAUUUUUUGAUGCAACCAAUUUUGUGUAUAAUUAGAGAAUACUUAAAUGUAUUAAAAAAAGAGCACUGGAAAUAAAUUUUCUGAAUGUGAA